AAAACAUAUUGGAACACUUAAAUUAUUUAUUAAAGUACAAAUAAACACGUAAAUAACAAUAAUAAAUCACAAACAAUGAGUUCAAAUGCUGGUAGAAUUAACUAGUGCAAAACAAUGGAAUGUAAACAGAUUCAGAACACUGACUUCGCCUUUCCAACAUGAUUCAAAACAAUUCUUAAAAAAACACCUAGCCUUAAUAUUAUAGUAUAGUUAUAGUACUAUAUAUAAUAGUUUUAUAAUAAUUAUAAUUAUUAUUCAUUGCCAAUCAGAUUUUUCAUAAAGGGUGUCAUUUUAAAGGUAUUCUUAGUGUAGAAUCUAAAUUCUGAAGUAUGCGGGAUUAACUCCUGAAAUCGUUAUUUAUAUGACGAACAUGACAUGCUUUUAUUUUGAAAUGUUCACCGGAAGUACGUUCGCUAAACCGCUAACUUUAGCUUUACACUCCGCAAAAAAAUCACUUUUUGUCAUUGCAUGUGUCAAUAAUAGAUUUUUUUUUUUGUUCUUUUUUUUCGUUUGCAAAUGCUGUUAACCAGCGAUUUUUCAUGUUUGAAGUGUCACCUUUUAACCGCAAGUUUGCUUUCACGAGACGACAGCCAAUGUUUCAUAGCAGGCUAAAGUACCGAACACAGACUGGAACAAGUACGAUGAUCGGUUGAUGAAGGCAGUGGAACGUGGGGAAGUGGACAAGGCGGCUGCUGUUCUAAGCAAGAAGGGUAUAGUCCCAACAAAGCUUGAUGUGGAGGGACGCUCUGCGUUUCAUCUGGCUGCAACGCGAGGGCACUUGGACUGUCUGAAUCUCAUCCUGUCACACAAUCCAGACAUUACUGCAUCUGAUGCCACUGGUAAAAAUGCUCUCCAUCUGGCUUCAAGAAAUGGGCAUUCACUGUGUGUGCAAAAACUUCUCCAGCAUAGCUGCCCAGUUGGAAACGUGGAUCUACAAGGAAGAACAGCUUUACAUGAUGCUGUCAUGGCAGGCUGCUCAUCUAGUGUGAAACUUCUCUGCGACAGUGGUGCUUCUGUCAAUGCCAGUGAUUUUGAUGGCAGGACUCCUCUGGUGCUUGCAACCCAAAUGUGUCAUCCACGCAUUUGUCAGCUGCUUGUAGAGCGAGGAGCUGAUAUCUCUGUGCGGGACAAACAAAAAAAAACAGCACUCAUUCUGGGAUGUGAGUAUGGCUGCAAAGAUGCCGUGGAGGUAUUGUUAAGGAAUGGGGCUGAUGUCAAAGACGUGGACGGCUUGGGUCAUGAUGCCUUCCACUAUGCUCGCCUCAGCAAGAACCAGGAGCUUGUUGCAUUAAUCAAAGGCUACCUGGAGAAAGCCACCAAAGAAAAAGAGGCAGCAAAAGUCGAACAAUGGAGGAGACAGUCGGUGGAGCGCUCGGACACCAUGGAGGCAAACAGAAGGGAUCACAUAAUACACGACCUGGAGAGGCAGAACGAGUCCCUGCAGGAAAGUCUUCGAAAAUACCAUAUAGAGCAGAGGGCCCUGUUAGAUAAGGUCAACCUUUUACAACAACAGCUCGCACAGGAAAAGAAGACAAAUGAAGACACUCACAAAGAGAGGGAGAAAUUAAAGGUGUUACUUAAUGCCAACGAACGAGAAGGGUCACGAGGCUCGGAGACUGUCAAGGUUCAACUCAAAUGCACUAUGGGAGACUACUCUGGACAGUCAGUCAUAAAAGGAAAAGAGAACAUUUUGGUCAAACAAGCGUAUAGCCUGGAUUCGGAUCAGAAACUCCAGAAUCCGGCUAUGUCACGUUCACUCACCAGACCGUUAGAGAAGGGUCUCUCUGGUGAACUUGAUGUUCUCCGACAUGAAGUUGAGACUCUGAGAAGAAAACAACAGGCUACUGAGGAGGAGAGGUUGCGACUUCACUCAUCUCUUAGCCGAAAAAAUCGAGAGUACCAAGAACUGGUUCAGAACAGAGAUCUCAUCCAGAAACAAGCUGAUCAGCAAGUUCAGGAGCUUGAGGAUGCCUUGGGCGACGUUCAGAAGCGGAUGAUAGAGUCUGAAUGCAAGGUUAAACAAUUGCAGGCCCAUGUAGUUGCAGUAAAGGAACACUUAGGAGGCCAGGCCACAGAAGAGCUUCGUGCUCAGCUUCAGGAAAUUAAAGCCAAGUAUGAAGGGGCUUCAGCUGAGGUGUGUCGGGUUCGUAACCGCCUGAAACAGAGUGAGAAGGCAUUGGAGGAAUACAAGGACAGUGAAAGCCAGCUAGCUACUGAAGCUGAACGGUUAAAUGAAGAGCUCAGUGUUGUGACUGCUGAAAGAGAUGAACUUUCACAAGCUGUCCUUGAAAUGGAAACCCAGUUGAAGGGAGUGCAGUCCAAGCAGGGCAACAUGGUACCAGCUGAGAAAUUUGACAACAUGAAAAACCUACUGACCAAUGCAGUAGAUGAAAAAGAACGACAGAUUGCUGAGCUGAGAGACGACUAUGAUCGUGUCCUCGAGGAGGUGGCGGAGCUCCAUCGCAAGCUAGAUAAUCCAACCCAGGGAGGAGCAGGAGCCGGGGCAGUGCCCUCAGAGGAGCAACAAAGGAUACAGUCUGCUCUUGAGGAACAGAACAUCUCGCUGAAGAGAAAACUUCAUGAUGUCACAGCAAAAAGUCAGGCACUUAUUCAUGAAAUGGAGGAGAGUGAGGAGGAAAGAGAGAUACUGCAAGAGAAGCUGGAGGAGCUGAAUAGCAGGCUGGAGUCGGACUUCAUACCGAUCAAGGAACACGAGGAAUCCCAUAUGAACAUGGUAUCAGCUGUUGAGGAGCUUGAGGACAAACUGGUGGAAGCCAGCGAACGUUUUGGCAAAGCUGAGGCACAAGUCCAACAGCUCCAUACAGAGAGAAUGAAGCUCCAGGAGAAUAUUAAUCACUUGCAAGGUGCCAGAGAGGAACAGCAAAGUGAAAUGGAAGCACUGAAGACUCAGAAUACUGAAGUGUUAAAGAAAUUAGAGCUUUUGCAAAUAAGGUGUGAAGACAAAGAUAAGCAAUGUGUUCAACUGACAGCACAGAGUCAGACUUUGAAACAGAGUUUAGAGGGGGACCAUGUGUCUAGGCAACAGCAUGAGCAAUUGAGGAUAGAGUUAACAUCCACCUUAGAGAGUGCCAAGGCUGAGAAUUUAAAUUUGGAGUCCAUGAAUAAAGAAUAUAAGGAAGAAUUAAAGAAUGUGGAAGAAGGAAACGCCAAGUUACAGGAAAAGUUGGAAAAGGUUCUUGAAGAAAUGAAAAAUGACUACAUGAGCUUGAAGGAUCACAAAUGUAUCACAGAAAGAAUGGGUGCUGCUGUGGUACAAGCGGAGAAUAGAGCAAACCAACUGUCAGCGAUGCAUAUGUCCGUCCAGGAAGAAAAUGUGAAGCUGACACAAGAACUGGAAGCUCAAAAGAAAGAACUUGAUACGAUAAUGGAAGCUAUUCAUACCAAAUUUGUCCCACUGACGGUCGUUGAGGAAAAAGACAACUCCUACGCUACCCAAGUAAAGGAGUUGAAAGUUAAACUGUUGGAAAUGGAGGAGAUGUAUAGCAAAGAGAAGUCUGAAAGAGAGAAUUACAAACUGGAGAAAGAGAAAUUGAAAGUUGAGAUUGAAUCUGUUCAACAAAGACUUGACACUGCUCUUGUCACGGAUGAGAAGCGUAAGGGGUAUGAGGAGGAGUUCAAGGAUCAGUAUGAAGCAAUGUCUCAAAAGUUAACCAGUCUGGAGGAGAAGCACAAUGAGGUAAAUCUUAAAAAAAAUGAGCUUGAAGGCCAAAAUGCUCUGUACAACACUCAAAUCCAGAAUCUCCAGGACCGUCUAAAAUCAGAGUUGACGCGGAUUGCGACCUAUGACACAGAGCUCAAGGCCCUUCAUGACGUCAUGCAGCAAGCUCAGGUGGAUUGUAAGAAAGCACGAGAUGCUCAGCAGGUUGAAGUCCAAAAGGUCUGUGCUCUCCAGAAAGAAGUUCAGGAACUCCAUAGAGAACAGGCUUCUCUGCUGCAGCAGCACAACAAUACCACUAAAGCCCUGGAGGUUGAAAUAACCGGGCUUCGAAUAGCGCUCCGAGAAGAGGAAGAGAACAGCAGCCAGAGGGCCGAGGAUGUUUCGGCCCUACAGUCAGAACUUCUUCAAGCCACUCAAGCUCUCGAUGAGCUUCGCUUCAAAGAAAGUCAUAUGACCCAAAUGAAAAAGGAGAAUGAGAGUCUUGAGGAAGAAGCUUCCAACAUGAACAACAAGCUGUUGAGUUUAACAGAAGAAUGUAAAGCGGUUCGUCGAGAGGCAAAUCAGGCAAGGGAGAGCGAAAGCAAAGCCAGAAGGGAGAUGGAUGCUGUCCGUGAGAAGGGACUAGCCAUUGAAAGAGAAAUAAAGGAGCUGAAAGAACGCUACGAUGAGUCACUCAGUACCAUUGGUGGCCUUCAGAAGAGGAUUUCAACAUCAUCUCAGCUGACUGAAGCCAAAGAUAAGAAGAUCACCGAGUUGCUAACUGACGUGGAGCGGCUGAAGCAAGCACUGAAUGGUCUGUCCCAGCUGGCAUACACAAGCAGUACCCCAAAUAAAAGGCAGACGCAGCAUGUCGAUACUCUCCAAGCCCAGAUCAAAAACCUACAGCAACAGCUGGCUGAUGCUGAGAGGCAGCACAGGGAAGUGGUUUCCAUUUAUCGAACACACCUCCUCAGUGCAGCACAGGGCCACAUGGAUGAGGACGUUCAAGCUGCUUUGCUACAAAUCAUCCGCAUGAGACAAGAGUUUGUGUGUUAAAGCUUUCUUCAGCAUAAUGUGAUACGACUGCCUGCAGACUCAAAUUCACCAUUCGUGCACCCGACAUGCCUCUCUCACUGCAUUAUGUCAACCAAAUAGGCUCUUAUCAAAUCUUUUAUGUGUAGUAGAGCUACUCAUCGGGCCCUUGAUGCUGUAAAAGUGAAUGUUGAUGCUAAAAAACUGGCCACCUAUCGACAAGUCGCCCACAGACUAUAUACGAAGGGAACAUGCAUAGUAAUUUUUGCAUGCUGAAGGAUUUUCAGUGUGACUUGACCUACGAUUUAGGAAAAGAUGGCACAUGUGUGCUUACUGCUUGUAUGGUGUGUGCUUUAUCCAAGAUGAUGGCACAACCAUUAACAAACAUGAGUCUCUUCUCCAAAUGAUCGUUGUAGUACUAGUACUGAAAUGAGACGCAGCAUGGUGCCACAGGGCAUCUCUUCUGUAGUAGAAGCUAGGUUAAUUAUUAGCAUAUUUGAUAGCGACAUCCCUAUUGAAAUGUCUUCUAUUCAUUUUUGUGGUGUUGGAUGACUUGGCAGACACGUUAUGAAACACUCAACACAUGCAGUCGCUCCCUUGUUUUGUGUCCAGCAGCGGCACAAGCUUCAGCUUCAGCUCCAUAAUCUGGACGAUCGUAACUAAGCAGUUUCAGGAUUGAUGAUUUUCUGCCCUGCUGCCGUUUGGGGUUAAAAACUCUUGAUACACACGUCAUCCAAAGAAACAAUCAAAGUCUCAUUUAGGCCUUUUUGGGCUUCAAUUAGAAUUGUGGAAAUUCUUUAAAUUGCUAAAGAGCUACCUUAAUAUUAAGACAACACAUGAUGAGUUUAGGACUGCCACCAUGAAAAUAUUCUGGAUAGAUAUGAUCUUAUUUCUAAUGUCAACACAUGGAAAACAACCACAACGUCCCACAUAACACCGAGCCCCCAGAUAGGAAGUUUGCUGCUCUUAUCUGACGUUUUAAGGAUUGAGAGUGGAAUCUGCUUAAUAGGAAUAUUACAAAUGCGGCACGGUGGAGAGUGGUUUGCACUUCCGCCUCACAGUUUUGAGAUCCAAGGUUGCGGGCUUUCCGUGUGGACUUUGCAUGUUCUCCCUGUGCCUGCGUGGAUUUUCCCUGCGACUUCGGUUUUCUCCCCCAUUCCCAAAAACAUGCAUGAUAGGCUGAUUGAGCACUUUAAAUUGUCCCUGGGUCCGAGUGUGUACAUGAUCAGGUGAUUGUCUCCUUGUGCCCUGUGAUUAGCUGGCAACCAAUUACGAAUGAACCCCACCUACUGCAGAUAGUUACCUGUGAUAGGGUCUAGCACCCCCACGAUCCUCGUGAGGAUAAGCAGAAAAGAAGAUAAAUGGAUGUUCAAAUUAUAUAUAUUUGGAAUUCAUUUAGCUCAAGUGUGUGUCUCUUGAGAAGCCAUAGUGACAAAAAAUUACACUUGUUUAGAGUUUUGAUGUGGCAAUGUUUUUGUAGUCAAAGUAUCCAAUUUGAACAAAGAACAGAAAUGCUUACGUGAUAAACAUUUCUUAAAAUACAGAUUUGGCUGGCUAAUGUGUUCCUUUCAGGCAUAAUAUCACCAUGGAUAUCAUUCAGUCACUCACCAUUAUUCUAUUAUUGUAGUUUAACUACUAGGUUCACUUAGCAAAUGCAGUGGUUUGUUUCUGUGGGUAAUUUGAGUCAUGCAGGCGAGCGUGGGAGACAGGAGGUCUCUUGCUGUGUCCUAAAUUUUUGCGGUGGCUGGUCAUCUUCUUUUUUCUAACCUGAGUGCCCUCUAGUGGUGUGACUUGGCAGGCCAAGUUAAUAGAACUGUAAUUUCCGUGGGGUGGGGCAGUUGGGUGGGGGAUUUACUUUUACCUUUGGAAGCUGCUUAUUUGAAAUUAUUAAAAGAAACUCUAAAAUGAGAACUAUUGCAGCUCCAGAGGACAAUGAGUACACCAAAUACCUUCCGAAGUGGCUGUGUGUGCCCGCCCAUACCGGAGUGUCGUGUGUUGUGAUUGUUGAGCGAGUCUCUUGUGCCUUUUCAUUGAUUUUAUUUUAUUUUUUUCAUUGCUUUGUACUACUUGGAUGACUGUACUAAAGGGUGACAUUUUAAACGUUCAGCAGGUCUGGAAGUAGAAAGGCACAACAUAAAUGUUGAGUACUUUAUUGUAUAGAAUUAAGUUCUAGGAAAAUAGGACAAUCCAUUUAACCGCGCAAUUAGGGAACCUCCUAGAAAUGUGUUAUUUUAAACACUCCUGUCUUUUCCUUAACACCCUUUCUCACUUCAUGUACUUUGGCCAAAUUUCUUCAGAUUUUGAAGAUUAACUUUUACCCUUUCGACCAUCAAUCAAGACUGUUAGAUCAAGACUGUUAAAUCUGUCAAUACAAACUGUUAAAUCUGUUAAUACAAAUAUUUCUGUUUUUGAGUCAUUGUAACUAUAUCAAUAAAAGUGCCUAACAUAGAAACUAUGUUUUGUUUGUUCUAUCUUUAUUGUAGUACUAGCUCCUCCAGACCAUUCUUAAAUGCUUCUGUUAUAUAUACAAUAUUUCCCUUCUCUGGGUUUAAUAAAGUGCCAUCUAAUCUCACAUGCCAAUCAGGAAUCAUAAAAUGACAAGAUAAAAGUCGAAUCUUUGUGUUAUUGUGCUAUAAACCACCGCUUUU